AUGGUUUUUUUCUAUGCUCGUUAUUGUCCGUAUUCAAAACGAACAAUAUCUGGUCUUCGUCAAUGGGCACAAACAAAUAAAGAUCGUAUUGUUUUAUAUGAAGCUGAUGUUGAACAAGCAUUAAAACUAGCUGAAUAUUAUCAUAUUCGUACAAUACCAACUGUUCUAGCAUUUAAUGAAAAUAAUCUUUUAGUUCCAAUUUGGCAACGAACAGCAACAAAUGUUUUAUCAACUGAUUUACAAUUACCAAUAAAUCAAUUUCAAUCAAUUGAUAAUAAUGAAAAUCUUUCAAAUGAUAAUAAUCAAUUUAAAGAAAUCUUUCGAGAAAAAUUAGAUAAUUUAAAUAAUGUUUUUUUUAUUUUUGAUCCAUCACUUAAAGAAUCAAAUUGUAUGUUUAAAAUAUUUGAAACAUUAAAUGAAAAUAAACAAGAACAAUAUUUAAUUAUUCUUGAUAAUAAACAAUCCAUGGAAAAUAAAUCAAAAUUAAUAUUAGCAAUAACAAAUGAAAAAGAUCAAACUAAAUUCUUGAAAGCUAUUGAUCAAGGUUGGUUGUCUUUUGUUCUCUAUUUCAAAAAACAAAACUUAUUUUCUUCUAAUUUAUUAGCUAAUUCUGAUCAUAAUUCAAAAUCAAAAUCAAUAACAUCAUCUGCACAAAGUCCUUAUAUUUGGAAUAGAUCAAUUCAAACUAUAGAAAAUGAUAGUCAACAAUCAUCAAAACAAUUAACAACUGAAGAAAUAAAUGAAUAUAAUGGAAGAAUAAUAUCAAAAUCUUCAAUAAAUACAGCUUUUGUUAAUGAUCAAUCAAAAAAAAAUGAAAUGUGUAAUGAAUCUAUUAAUGAUAAUAUAAAAAUAAAUCAAUUAACAUCAGAUGAAUAUCACCAACAUAUUCAUUUACCAAAUUCUAAUGAAAUUUUUUAUGAAAAACAAUAUGAUAAUAUAAAUGAUUUUAAUUAUUCAUCAUCAUUUGAUCGAUUUAGUACAUUAACUUAUCAACAUGUUAAAGAUACAAAUUAUUUUUUAAACAAUCAACAAGAAGAAAUAUGUGUUUUAUAUUUAGGUCCAAAUCGAUGUCGAGGUUUUGAAGAUAAUUUAUAUAAUGAAACUAAUUCUUCAAAAUUAUCACUUUUAACUCUUAAAUCACAUUCAUUAGUGGAAUAA